CCUUCAGAAAUCAGAUUUCAGAGAGCAACAACAACGAACUGCUGCCCGCAACCCUAGCCUCCACCACCGCCUUGUGCCUCUAUUGCCGCCACGACGUCCGUCGCAACGACCCCUGUUCGCUCUCAGACUCACCAGUCGCAGGCACGUUGUUUCUUCCUCGAGCGUCCGACGUCUUCGUCUUCUCACCGUCAUGCUAGCCGUCGUCUUCGUCUGCUAACUCUGCUCGCCAUCGUGCUCGUCGUCUCAGACCGAAGAAAAAACCCUUCCCCAUUCCAAUCUCCUUCCUUCGAGUUCAGAGAGCAGAAGCUCAACCAAGAAAAAAACCCUUCUCCAUUCCAAUCUUGUCGCCGUCUGUCGGAGUGAGAGACUGCUGUUGCCGCCUCCGUUGCACUCAAGAACUUCCGUCUUCGUGCUAUCGGCGUUCGCUACUUCGCUCCAUUCCAAUCUAGUGCUUGCUUGUUCUUCGUGUUUCUUUUAUUGUCUGUUCAGAAAUCAAACCCUCUUCGUGCUUGUUCUUCGAUGUUCUCACUAAAUGUCCAGCACCAGUAACACCAAAUCGAAAGCAAUGCCACCUCAUCACUACCACCACCACCAUCAGGUCCCCUGCACCCGCACACACCAGAUCGCUGCCCUACUCCUCGUGGUUGGCACCUUCUUCUUCACCAGACUCUUCGACCGCUCCUUUGCCCCAUGCACCACCACCACCCUCCUUCGCGCGUCACAGAAUCAGUUCUUUGGGCCCCAUGCGUGGCCGGAGCAAGGUUACGGUUCCCAGCUGUCCCUCAAGAUCUACGUUUACGACGCCGCCGAGAUCGACGGCUUGAAUCAGCUCAUGUACGGUAGGGACGGCAAGAUCACCGAGGAAGCUUGCUUGAAGGGCCAGUGGGGCACUCAGGUCAAAAUACACAAGUUACUUCUGACAUCAAGAUAUCGGACGCGAAAGAAAGAGGAUGCAGAUUUGUUUUUUGUCCCGUCAUAUGUUAAAUGUGCACGGAUGAUGGGUGGUCUAAAUGACAAAGAAAUUAAUCAGACCUAUGUCAAGGUCAUAAGCCAAAUGCCAUAUUUUCGGUUAUCUGGAGGCCGCAACCACAUCUUUGUUUUUCCCAGUGGAGCAGGGGCUCACUUGUUCAAAUCAUGGGCAACAUUUAUAAAUCGCUCCAUUAUUCUUACACCAGAGGGGGAUCGGACUGAUAAGAGAGAUACAAGUGCCUUUAAUACAUGGAAAGAUAUAAUCAUUCCAGGUAAUGUGGAUGAUGGUAUGACAAAAGAUGGGACUACUGUGGUCCGGCCUUUACCUAUUUCAAAGCGGAAAUACUUGGCCAAUUAUUUAGGACGUGCUCAAGGAAAAGCCGGCCGUCUUCAGCUAAUAGAGCUAGCAAGGCAAUUUCCUGAAAAGUUGGAAUGUCCAGAUUUGAAAUUCAGCGGACCUGACAAGUUGGGAAGGAAAGAAUAUUUUGAACAUUUGCGCAAUGCAAAGUUUUGCCUUGCUCCACGUGGGGAGUCAUCUUGGACCCUCCGCUUUUAUGAGUCAUUUUUUGUGGAAUGUGUUCCAGUUAUAUUAUCUGAUGAAACAGAGUUGCCAUUCCAGAACGUUGUCGAUUACAGCCAGGUAUCAAUAAAAUGGCCAUCCAGUCGAAUAGGUCCUCAAUUAUUGCAGUAUUUGGAGUCUAUACCAGACAAAGAAAUAGAAGCAAUACUAGCCCGCAGUCGACAAAUUAGGUGCUUAUUCGUCUAUGCUGCGGAUUCAGAACCUUGUUCAGCAAUGCGAGGAAUUAUGUGGGAACUCCAAAGGAAAGUGAGGCGGUUUCACCACUCGGCAGAAACAUUCUGGUUGCACAAUGGAUCUAUUGUAAACAGGAACUUAGUUGAAUUUCCAAAAUGGGAACUCCCUAUGCCUUUACCUUGAUACAUCGAGAGAUAUUUUCUUGUAUAGCUUGUGUUUUUCUUUCUUGGUGUAGCUAACUAUCACUCCCAUAUAUCAAUUCUUUACAUGCUUAUAGUAGGUGUUGUUCAUUGUCAUUUUGUUGUAAAAUUAACGUGAACAAUCACGGAAGCACGGUUCACUAUGGUGUAACAUCCCUAUAAUUUUGAAACUUCCACGUUACUCCCUAUUCCUUUCAGUUUUAGUA